AUGCCGCCUGCCAAGAAAGCGGAAUUUCUGCGUUCUCUGCGAGAAGCUAGAGCUGCGAAGAAAAAACAAAGUCUUUCCUUCCCUUGUGCUCAACAGAUUCUGCCUUCCUGUGUGGAGUCUUCUAUUUGUUUGACAUAUAAUCAUGAUAAACCUUCUGAAACCCAUAAUCACAUUCGUGUCCUUUCUAAUGCACUACAAAAUGGAGAAUGCUUGGUUUCAGUCAACAGUGUUAUUACAGAUGCUCGCCACUUGCCUUGCAUUCAUUCUCCUGUGUCUAAUCCCUCCAACCAUCAUGUUUUGUCAUCUUCUAGAAAAAAGAUAGCUUCCAGUAAUGCACCAUUCCGUAACAAAGGAAGAAAACGCAAGCGUGAUCAGCCAAAUCUCUCUAUUGUGAACAAUAUUUCUAAUGUAUCUUUGGUUUUGCCUGACGCUCCUCCUUGUGGCCAUUGUGGAGCCAAAAGAUUUCAUUUGGAACCUCCUACUUUUUGCUGCUCUGGAGGAGAAAUUUCCCUUGUGGCUCCUCCUAUGCCUUAUGAUUUGAAGCGCUUAUUUAUUGGUAAUGACGAUGAAAGCUUCCAUUUCAGAAAUAAUGCCCGCACUUACAACAAUAACUUAGGCUUUACAUCAUUUGCUGCUAAAUACGAUUCUGAGCUAACAAAGAACAUGAAAGGUGUUUACACCUUCCGUGUUCAGGGUCAGGUUUAUCAUUUUUUAAAUUGCCUUCUUCAGUCAAAUGAUAGAGCAUCUGGGAUUCAACUCUACUUUUUUGACACUGAUGAAGAAUUAGCAAAGAGGAUUGUUGCCUCUGAUAAGUUGCGAGAAAGUAUUUUAAGACUCCUUAUGCGCAUUCUUAGCGACAAUCCUUAUGCUAAAUUCUUCAAAAAUUUAAGGCAUAUUCCAACCAUUGACAACCUUAGCAUUGUGCUUAAUUGUUAUCCCACCCUUGAUCAGCGAGUUUAUAAUCUUCAUUCUGUCUCCCAAGUUGCGGCUAUAUGGACUGAAGAUCAAAAUGAACCAGGCCAUACGGGAGCUCAUAUUCAGGUUUAUACGCAUUCAAAUAGCAGUUGUAAAAUUAAACAUUACUAUAGCUGCUAUGAUCCAUUACAAUACCAUAUUCUUUUCCCACGUGGUGAAUGCGGAUGGCACCCUGGGAUUAAAAGAGCCCAAAAAAGAAAGAGAAACGAUGCUUCUUGUGAGGAAGAUAUCGAUAUUCAUCCAGCUUCGGUUAUUUCUGCGUCGAGCUUAAUGGACCCUGCCAAUCGUGCAAAAAAUGAAGAGGACAAGGUGUCAUCUAGAGAAUACUAUUGUUACAGAUUUCAAAUGAGGGACAGUGAUGAUUCGAUGUUGUUGCACUCACUUAGAUUGUUGCAACAGUAUGCAGUGGAUGCUUCCUUUAUAGGUGGACCAAGGGACAUGAGACGGCGAUAUCUUGAUGCAAUGUCCCUUGUGCAAAAGUAUGGAAAACCAGACAUCUUUCUUACUAUGACCUGCAACCCAGCAUGGAAGGAAAUUCAGGACAAUUUAAAGUACCAUGAGAAAUCUCAGGAUAGGCCAGAUCUUCUAGCUAGAGUCUUUCGGGCUAAAUUUGAAUUGCUUAAAUCAGAAGUUGUGAACAAGCAAAUUUUUGGUGAAGUCGCAGCAUAUGUCUAUGUGAUAGAGUUCCAAAAACGUGGCUUCCCACAUGCUCAUCUGCUAUUAAUUUUGAAGCUUGAAUACAAACUCCUAAAUCCCGAGUCAUACGAUAGAGUAGUCUCUGCUGAAAUACCUGAUCGUUUGCCUUGUUGUAAAGCACAUGAUUCAUGGUCCUUGUGGCGAUCUCGAUAG